AUGGAUCUUGCAAAUAAGAACAGCGACGAGGAAGCACCAUUGCUAUCUUCCUCAUCUACCUCUGAGAUGUCUAUCCACGAUAAGAUGGCCACAUCCCAUGUUUAUCCGCUUAUCUGGACAAUACGCAGAGAUAUCAUUAGAAUUAUUGAAACCCCUUUUUCCUGGGAGCAGCUACAAUCUCCCCAUAUUACUUACAAUGUCGUUCAAAUCCUCGCUCUCAAGUAUGGUUCCUUGUACCACCAAAAUUUGGCUAUUGUCUACUGUCUUCUCGUCAAUAGAGUUCACUUUAUUAGCGAGUCAAGUUCCCCGACCCACAUGGGCGUAAAUGCAACCAGAGCUAACCUCUGUGAACUACUUGCUCUCAAAGUCCUUCGAGUCUAUGCUGAUAAAGCUUCUUCCAAGAUUGACUUAGCCUAUGUCUUAGCUGGGCCAUUCAGACUCUUUCAAGGUGCUUCAGAAGACGUCGUACAGAAAGUCAUCGAAGAAGAAGGUGAAGGUCCUCUCUACAAAGCCAGCAAUGCACUUGAGAUCGCAAUAGUGGGAAAUGCAAAGCGCUUUAUAAAAAGUGCACAUUGUCAGAAAGUUAUCAAUUCCAUUUGGAAUGGCUCUGUAGUGUAUACACCUGUUAACAAACACGCCUUUAUCAGUGAUUACUACAAGGUAAAGCCAAUCACUUUCUUCAACCCCCGUCAAUCACCUCUGCUAGAUCACUAUCGUCUAAAAGUUCCUCGUAUACGCUCUGUCAUUGAAUACGUCAACUUCUGUAUUUUAUUCGCACUAUUCGUUUUUGCAAUUGAGUCUAAUGAGCAACAUUCUUUCAAUAUCAUCGAAAUCGGCUUCAUUUUUUAUGCUCUGGGUUUCACAUUGGAAAAGCUGGCAAGUACACAGGAGCAUGGUUGGAAAGUAUACUCAGCAAAUCUUUGGAAUGGGUUCGAUUUGCUUUUCAUUAUCGAUUUUCUCCAUUACCUCGCUUUUAGAGUGUACGGUAUCUGGUAUGAUCAUCCAAAAUAUUCACUUCUCGGACUCGAAGUAUUAUCAUGCGCAGCUGCUCUGCUGUUCCCUAGGUUGGCAUUUGUUACGCUAUCAAACAAUCUUAUGAUUCUGUCAAUCCGAGCUCUUUUCCUCGAUUUCCUCUUCCUGAUGGCACUAGCCUUCUUCUGUUUCACCGGGUUUCUCUAUGCUCUCUGGACCCUCGGUAGGGGUGCGUAUACUUGGGAGGAACUAGCAAAAUAUAUGCUUUUCAUCUGGUUUGGAUUGGAUGGGACUGGAUUCACCAUAGCCCCAAACCUUCAUCCAGUAUUUGGGCCUGUGCUAAUUGUGUUAUAUGCGUGUAUCAGCAAUACGCUUUUGCUCACAGUGCUCGUCUCGAUUCUGUCUACGACAUUUGCGAAAAUAGAUGCCGACGCCGAAGCUGAGUAUAUGUUCAGACAGGCGGUGCAGACUAUAGAAGGAGUCAAAAGUGAUGCUUUGUUCGGGUACCAGCCACCAUUGAACAUAUUUGCAUGGCUAGUGAUGGCGCCUGCGCGAUGGAUACUGUCCCCACGGUGGUUCCACAAGUUCAACGUUUUCAUGGUCAGAGCUACUGCGGCACCCAUCCUGCUUAUCAUCUCGCUUUAUGAGAGAUAUGAGCCAGAGACGCUGCGUUCCGUGUUGCCCUUCUACAAGAGGAUCCAAGCGAUGGCGGACAAGAUUGGCGAGAGCCUGCCUCGGAAACUGAAAAACCUAACUCUGCUUGAAGGGUUGGUAGGGUCUGGCAAAGAUGUAGCAGCUGCAUUCGAGUACCAUCCCGAUCAAGGCUGGGAUGAAGAUGAGGAGGAGGAUCUCGACUUCGUUGGCAAGACGCAGUUCAAUCAUGACGAGGUACAGCGCGCGACUACUGUGGCACGCGAGCAGCACUAUGGCACCGAGGAGAAUGAACUGCAUAGACGUAUGUGCGAGGAAAUUGAACAGCGCAGAUUGAGUCAGAUACCUUCGCGUAAUGUACUCUCCCCUCAACGCAUACAGCAGCAGAGGUUGCGCGAUGAGCUGGAAGUGCUACAGCCUGGUUUUAGCAAAAGUGUGGGCAAAGAGCCAGAGUUACCCUUUCCUCAGACGCGGAUGGAGAGCGAUGACAAUGAAGAUGCCGUCAGUCCACUGCUUAGUCAGACCGAUCCUCCACCAGGAGUAAGCAACAGGAGGAAAACAGAAGGAUCAACAGUUCUACGCCCCACCACUCAAGACACGGAUAAUGCCAGACUGCAGCGCAUCCAAAAGGGACGCCCUCGCAGAAUGUCGAAUGUGGAACAUACCCUCAGUCGCAAUAUAGGCAGUCUGAACAGCCCGCUGGCCAAAGCCUUUUCAACACGGCCGAUGCUUAGCGCGUAUAGGAAACCACGAUCACAUGAGUCGAAUAUUGGAUCGAUACUGGCUAAUCCAAUUCAACAAGAGGGCGCUUUACAGCCGUCACGCAAAACCAAGAGUGACAAUACAUCGCCUCAUCCCUCUCAGAAUGUUCUUCAGGAUAGCACCCAGUCGGAACAGAUGCAUGAAAAACUAUCGACUAUUGAUGCUCGCCAGGCGCGAAUGGAAAGCAUACUCGAGCGCCUAGCCAAAAGUAUCGAAUGA